CGGUCUACGGGGUUGCUAGGUAACAGCUGCUAUGCACUGUCCACUAACUAGAGGCUAGCUAGAUGCUGUACUCAAAUGUUUGGGGAUACGCACACACACAAGUGGGUUACAUUCCUUAAAGCUACUGGUUUGGAGUCAUGACAGCUAUAAAGGACGGAGAGUACACUGCUACAAUCUACAAACUGAUUAAAGACAGUCAGUACGUAGAGGCGAUCCACAUCCUGAGUGGCCAACUACAAAAGCACAACAAGUCCAGGGCAGCGCUUUCUCUGUUGGGCUUUUGCUACUAUCACAUCCAGGACUUCACCAAUGCUGCGGAGUGCUACGAGCAACUCACCCAGCUUCACCCGGAGGUGGAAGAGUACAAGGUGUACUAUGCCCAGUCCUUGUACAAGUCUGGGGCUUAUCCUGAGGCCACCAAGGCCUCAUUUAUCCUGGACAACCCCAACAGUCACACCAAGAUGAUCAAGCUUCAAGCCUGCAUCAAAUAUUGUGAGGAAGAUUAUUCCGCUGCCAAGUCACUGUUGGAGCAGCUUCCCCAGGAGGAUCCGGACUACGUCUACAAUAUGGGCUGUUUGCUUUAUCAGGACGGCAAGUAUGAGGAGGCUUGCAAGAAGUUCAUGUCUGCCAUGCAAGUGCUGGGAUAUGUGCCAGCAUUGUCCUACAACAUCGCCCUGACUUACUACAGCCUGAAGAACUACGCUCAGGCCCUCAAAUACAUCGGGGAGAUCAUAGAACGAGGGAUCAAGGAACAUCCAGAGCUGAGCGUCGGAAUGACGACCGAAGGCAUCGAUGUCCACAGUGUGGGAAACACGCUGGUUCUGCAUCAGACAGCACUGAUCGAAGCCUUCAACCUCAAAGCUGCAAUUGAAUACCAGCUGAAGAAUCUGAAAGGAGCUCAGGAGGCUUUGACAGACAUGCCCCCCAGAUCCGAAGAGGAGUUGGAUCCAGUGACUCUCCACAACCAGGCUCUGGUGAACAUGGACACAAAGCCGUCAGAAGGCUUCGAGAAGCUGGCCUUCCUCCUGCAGCAGCCCUCCUUCCCGCCCGUCACCUUUGGAAACCUGCUGCUGCUCUACUGCAAACACGAGUACUUUGACUUGGCAGCUGAUGUCCUGGCAGAAAACGCCCAUCUGACCUACAAGUUCCUCUCCCCGUACAUGUACGAGUUCCUUGAUGCCUUGUUGACCUGUCAGACGGCACCAGAGGAGGCAUUUCGCAAGUUUGAUGAGAUGAACGGGAAACUGACUGAGCAGCUGCGCAAGUUAGCGAAGCAGGUGCAGGAGGCCAGGAUGGCUCGAGACGAUGAGGCUCAGAAGAAAGCUCUGCAGGACUACGACCUGAUGCAGGAAAAGUACAUCGUGGUCCUCAUGGCCCAGGCCAAGAUCUACUGGAACCGGGAGAACUUCCAGAUGGUGGAGAAGCUUUUCCGAAAGUCGGUGGAGGUCUGCAACGAGGACGACACCUGGAAGCUCAACGUGGCUCACGUGCUCUUCAUGCAGAACAAGUACAAGGAGGCCAUCGGCUUCUACGAGCCGAUCGUCAAGAAGCACUACGACAACGUGGAGCAGUGUAACAUACAGGAGUGUCCCUGCAAGUGCAAACCCUCGAUCCUGAACGUAAGCGCCGUAGUUCUGGCCAACCUGUGUGUGUCCUACAUCAUGACCAGCCAAAAUGAAGAGGCCGAAGAGCUGAUGAGGAAGAUAGAAAAAGAAGAGGAGCAGAUCUCUUACGACGACCCAGACAAAAAGGUGUUCCACCUUUGCAUUGUCAACCUGGUCAUUGGGACACUAUACUGUGCAAAAGGAAACUAUGACUUUGGCAUCUCGCGUGUCAUCAAGAGCCUGGAGCCUUAUAAUAAAAAGCUGGGGACGGACACAUGGUUCUACGCCAAGCGUUGUUUCCUCUCCCUGCUGGAGAACAUGUCCAAACACAUGGUCAUGCUGAGGGACGCUGUGGUACAGGAGUGUAUUCAGUUCCUGGAGCACUGCGAGGUGUAUGGGAAGGAGGUGCCUGCCAUCAUUGAGCAGCCGCUGGAGGAGGUCCGCAUUCACAUCGGCAAGAACACCGUCACCUACGAGGCUCGACUACUAAAGGCUCUGUUCUAUGAGGUCAUUGGCUGGAACAAGUGACAUCAUUACACAGGUGUCACUGUCACAGCGUUUUCAUCUUGAAAUCGUUGGAUAACAGAACUCGAGUCAGAAGACAAAAAAACACCGAUGUGUUCUCCAAGUUCCUGACUUCCUCUGUGUAGCUUAUGGACUCUUCUGGACUUUAUCUUUCUCUGCUCUGUGGAAGCAGAGAGUUGGGAGAGUUUUGGCUGAAAAGUCCAAUCCCAGUUUGCUCCAACAGAUCUUACAUAGUCGCUGUUAAAGGGGCUUUCCUGCUUCAAGCUUGGCUCCUCUCACCACCUCUCACAGCCACUGAUAUAUCACAGAUUUUAUUAUCAAAACUACCAACUAGAGUUUUGUGGAAAUAAAGCAGACUUUGUUUAUUAGUCGGGCUUAUUCUGCUAACAAACACCUGUAUGAUACCAGCCGGUCCGUGUCUUUAUCUACAUACGUUAAUAGUUCAUGCAGAUCCCCUUUGGUCAGUGCUGGACUGCUGCCUUAAUAUCAAUAACAUGGACUGUAAAUUAAGUGGAUUAUAUGUCAAAAGAAGCAAAAAAUAUAAUUUAAAGAAAAAUAAAGACAAAUAUUUUUGAAAAACUUAAGACGUUUGUUAUUAUGAAAGCAAAAUGUGUUUAAAUGUAGAUACAGACAAUAGAUAUCUUUAAUUUCUUAAUAACUUUUUGACGUUGUAAUGUUCACACUACAAGUAAUAAACUGUACCGUUACAGUUUGCACAUGACAGUGUAUAUUAGGCAAAAAUCUGUGUCCAUGCACAAAUAUGAGUGACUGUGUCUGCCAGGUAGCGCAUAUGGAUGGAGAUCAAUCUACUUUAAAUAAAAUAAAAUAAAAUGUUUAUUCCAAGAA